UUAAAAAUGAAUUUUAUACAAAGGGCAGCUUAUCGUUAUGGAUAAAGCAAUCUCUCUAAACUUGAGCAAGUUGGAUUAAGCCAUACAAAAAGUGUCAGCUUAUCCAGACCACACAGGUAAAUCAAGUUUAACUACCAAUUAGAAAUUUCAAUCCAGGAUAAUAAGCACCAAAUGCUUAUAAUGAAUAAUUCACUUAUCCAUCGGACUACAGACCUUGGACAAUUAACUAUAAGUAUAAAUCGAUCACAACUAUGAUAGAAAGGAUGGUAUAUUCUGGUUAGUCAUGGGCAUUUCUUGGUUUGCAUAUUUCUCUUAUGAGUUGGCUUACUUGAGAAGAACGGAGCAAGAAGAAAGACCAAACAAGGAGUAUUAUGCUUCUUGAUGAGGUUAAUAUAUAUGCA